AUGUAUGAAAAUGAAAAUAAUCGAAAUAACGUAAAUAAUAAUAUAAAAAAGCCAAUAUUUUUAUAUAAUUAUAUAUCAUAUGAUAAAUUAAGAAACCCUCCUAUUAGUGAAAACUCGUCAAAUUUCAGUUAUAUAAAAAAGAAUAGUCUACAUUUGUCUAAAACUCAUAACAAUAAAGAAAAAAAAAAUAACUAUGAAAUUAAUAAAAUUGGAAGUUCUUUCAUUCAAAAAUAAAGUUUAUAACAAACUGAUCAGAAUAUUUUAAGAGACUAUAAUGACUUAGUUGAAAAAAUGAAUGAUGAUUUUAAUAGAACAAAACGUUCUUAUCUACUUAUAGGUAUCUAGUGGAACACAGAAGCGUAUGUUAAAAAAGAAAAAAAUUAUUUUAAAAAACACGUCAUUCCAUUAAUACGUGAAUUUAUUAAAUGUGAAAAAGAAAACAUAACUUUCUACGAAAAAACUAGAAAGACUAUGAGAGAAGAACUUUACAAUUUGUUAUCUUUCAAAGAUGAUAAUGAUAAAAAGGACUUAUAUAAUAAAAGUCUCCUUAAUUUAAAAGCAAAAAUACAGGAAAAUCUACAAAAGGUAAAUUCUAAUAAAACUAAAUGCGGAAAAAAAGAAGAAAAUUCUCGUCAUGGAGUAAACCAUAGUUUGUGUAAUGAAUUCUGUAAUUUCUUUGGAUGUAAUGGUAUGACUUGCAAUUAUGUAAGUUAUAAACAUAAAUUCAAUGGAUGUUAUUAUAAUGCAAAUAUUUUUCAUAGGAUAGCUUUACAUAAUAUAUUACUUAAGAAUACACCAAAUAAAAGUAAAGAUAAGAACUUUAUAAGGGAAGUUGAAAAUACAAUAAGCAACAUUACGUUGGCAGUAACCAAAGGAGAAAAUAUGAUUAACAAAAAAGAUAAACAAUCACUAAAUUUACUUAUGGAGGAAAUAAUUGAUAUUAAGGAAGUUUAUAAAUACAAUCAAAAUCAAGAAUUUUCUUAUUUUGAUAAUUUUCAAGAUGUUUACAAUAGAGCACUUACAAUAAGACUUGGUAAGGUAUAUAAUGGAUAUGUUUUGACUAAAGAAUUAAAAAUUCAUUAAGGAUAUUAUUAUUUUAAGUCAUAGAAUGAUAAUUCUUCACUGUCUUUUACUCAAAGUAACAAAAAAUGUGAUCAAAUAUUUGAGGGUUUGUUGGAAGAAUUAAAGAAAAAAAUUGAUUAAUUAGUUAUUCCUAAAAAUGUAGAAAGAGAAAAAGAACAAAUUUUUUCGGAUGCAAAAAAUAUCCAUACUUCCACAAAUGAUAUAACUGGUAAUGAAUUAGGAAUAUGAGAAAAUACAUUAUCAAAAUAUAGUAAUAAAGAAAUUCCUACUAUUAUAAGUGAACUAUCAAAAUUAAAGGAUAAUAAACUUGUACUAAAUAGUAGUUUUCAAGAAAAAUUUAACUCAAUAAAUAUAAAAUACUCUGAUAUUACAUCCAAGAAAUCAGAGAUAAAUAAUAUAAAAAGCACAUUUACAUUAACUAAACAAAACAAUUUUAGUAACGUCAUGUCUGAUAUUUUAAAUAAAAAAGAACAAAUUGAGGACAUCAUAGCAUUUGUAAAUGAUGAAUUUAGUAUAAUAAAAAGAACUCAUGAAGAAUUACAGAGAUUAAAAAAUGAAAUUAAUGACAAAAAAGGCAAAUUUAAAAAAAAAAAAGUAAAUCUGCAAGAAUUAAAAAAAAGAGAAGAAAAAAUAUCAAAAAGGUUAUAGAAGAAAUAAAAAGGCAUUUAGGACAUAUAAAAGGAAAAAAAAAAUAACUUAAAAAGUAUUAUAAACUUAAAAGAGAAUGCAAAAAAGAAUCUUCGCAUUAUUGAAACAUUUAUAUAUGUACUUCUUUUAAUGAUAGUGAAUAUAUUCAAAAAAAAAAAUAUGGACGGAAAAAUUAACUCAGUUUUAAAAAAAUUAAUUGAUAAUUUAAAAUUAGAAGAAUUAUUUGAUAGAUUAUCAAAAUUCUCAAAUUAAAAAGAAAUGUUAAAUUAUGAGAAAUACAACUCUGAAAGACUUAGUAACAUAUUAAAUAACACAAAGGAAAAUUCUUUAGAACUAAAUAAAUUACAUAGUAAAGCUACAACUAUUGUAAAUAAAGAAGUGGAUCUCACAAAGAGUUCUAUUGUAGAACUUAAGAAUGAUAUAAUAACGAAGUCAAUCGAAGAUUUAUAUUAUAAAAUGAAUAAUUCAUUCGAAAAUUAUAAGAAAAAAAAUAGUACGAUCACUAAAUAUAUUAGUGCUUACAAAAAAGAAAAAAUUCUAAAUUAUAAAAGUAGUAUGACAGAUAAAAAAAAUAAAAUUAUGAACAAUUUAGAUGAAAAUAUUGGUAAUGGACUUCAUGAAAAUAAUAUCUCUGAAGAAAGUUUGGAUUUUGAAAAAAUAAUUUCUGAUAAGAAAAAAAAUAUAGAAAAGGAAAUUAGUGAUAUUAGUAUUAUCAUAAAUACAAUUAAAAAACAGAUAGAAUUAUAUGAAAAAAUAGAAAAAUAUUUUACUUUGUCUAAAAAAAACAAAAUUGUUAGUAAUAUUAAAGCAUUAAAAGUACUAAAUGAUAAAGAAGAUAUAAAUAAUAAAUUAACGUUUUUACAGAGAAAAUAUAAUAAUACAAAUGAUUCUGCAAAUAAUAGUAUAAAAAAUAUUGAAUUAUUAAAAAUAAUUAUACAAAAUGUUGAAAUAUAAAGCAAAAUUAUAAGUGGUUAAGGUAGCUACAAUACUUUACUUGAUGAAUUAAAUAGGAGUAUAAUUAGUUUAAAAAAUAAAAUAGGAGAAGAAGUUACUUCAAUCAAUAAUGAAAAUAUAAUAGAAGAAAACAUGAAAAAUGAAUUUUUAAUUAAAAUAAAAAGCAAUGAAGGCGAAGUAGAAGAUGUAAUAUUGAAUAUCAAUGAGUUAAUAGAAAAUCUGAAUAAAACACUGGUAUCAUAAAAAAAAUUAAAGGAAAAUAUAUGUAUCUCUUCAAAUAAAGAACAUGCAAAUAGUUAUUUAGAAAAUAUUUCAAUUCAUGAAUCUAGUUUAAAAGAUAUUACAGAUAAAACAAGUAAAAUAAAAUUGUUAAUUGAUCUUUUGAAUGCAAAAGUAGAUAACACAAAUUAUAUUAAAAAUGAUGAAAUUUCUAAUUUUAUUUAUAAUAUGACUAUUAAAUUACAAGAGAAAAUUGAUAAUGAAUCACAAAUAAAUAUAGGAAUUAUAGAAGAAUUAGAAAGUAGUAUAGAAAGUUAUAAUUUUGAAAAUGAUAUAGAAAAGGUUAAAAGAGAUCAUAAUAAAGAAAUGCUAAGAACAAUCAUACAGAGCUUUAGAGAUUUAAUGGAUAAAGUUAAGAUACAAGAAAAUAAUUUCAGAAACAUACAGAAAGAAUCACUUGAUGAUGUUGAAAAAUCUAAUGAUAAAAAAAUUUAUAUGAAAAAUAUUUAUAAAAAAAUGAAAGAGAUAUUAAGUAAAUUUAGUAGUGAAAAAGAGGAAUUAGUACUUUCAACAACAAAUAUGAUUAAAAAAAAAGUAGAAUAUAAGAAAGAAUUAUUUCAAUAUGUUGUUAAUGAAAUUAAUGAUCAAAAAGAAAAAGCUGAUAUAGAAAUAGCAACUAUUGAUGUAUUUAAAAAUAAAAUUGAUCAAUUAAUUGAAAACACAGAAAAUAUUACUUAUGGUGAAUUGGAAAGUUUUAAUUAUAAUGAUUACGUUAGUUCAACAAAAAUAAAUCAAGAAAAAAUCAAUGAAUUGUUCAUGGAAUUUGAUCCAUUAAAAGAGGAGGGAUCUAGUGACGUAACUGAAAAUAUAAUUGAUAAUAUCAUAAUAAAAGUUGAAGAAAAAUUAAAAAAUUUUUAUGAAAGAAGUGGAUAGCAUAUGUAGUGUAUCAAAAGAAAUGAAAAAUAUGGAAAGAUUGUUAAUGUUAAAAAAUUUUAAUAAUAUUAUAGAUAAUAUAAAAUUUUUCUUCAAUAAAGCUGAAAAAGAAAAAGAAAUUGUAAAUACAAAAUAAAAAGAAUUAUAAAGUAUAAAAAAAGAAAUAUUACUUGAUUUUCAAAAAGAAAAGGGAUUAAAAAAUAUGCUUUUGGAUAUGUUGAUGAAACCACAGCUAAUAAAUAUAUAAAAGAAAUUAGAACCAUGAAUGAGAGAAUUAUCACUAAUAAUGAAAAUACAAAUGAUUUUUUAACAACCGCUAAAAACCAUGAAGAACUGUGCUUACUUCAUUAUCAUAAUAUAGAAAGAGGAAAAAAUAUAAUAGAUUAUUUAAAGAAUCAUGAUAAUGAAGAAGAAAAAAAAAUAACAAAUAAUUUAUUAGUUGAAAUAAAAAAAUGCGCGAAGAAAUCUAAAAAUUAUACCACUGAAUCUAGUGAAUAUAUUAACAAAAUUAAAAGUAAUUACGAAAGUCCAUGUAAAUAUCAAAUAAAUAUGAAUAAUAUUUUAAACGAAUCUCUGGUUUUAGUAGAAAAAAAUAAAGUUGAAAUGAAAAAAAAAGACAUAAAAAAAAUAUUAGUAGAAAUUCAAAGUGAAUAUUAUAAUAUUUAA